GCGCAGUAUCGGGGGAGCCGAGCGGGAGCCGAGCGGGAGCCGAGCGGGAGCCGAGCGCAGCCGAACGCAGCCGAGCGGAGCCUCGGCAUCGGCGGCGGCGGCGGCGGCGGCGGCGGAGGAGGAGGACCGCACAGGACCGCCCGGGACCAGCGCCGCCUUCCCCGCCCUCCCUCCUCCUCCUCCUCCUCCUCCUCCUCGUCGUCCUCCUUCCGCCCUCAAGCCUUCCUCCGCCCGAGGCCCCUGCGUUGGAGGCAGCGCCGAGCCCGCCGCUCCUGAAAUCAUGAAUCCUGUUUAUAGCCCUGGAUCUUCUGGGGUUCCUUAUGCAAACGCCAAAGGAAUUGGUUAUCCGGCUGGUUUCCCAAUGGGCUAUGCAGCGGCUGCUCCUGCCUACUCCCCUAAUAUGUACCCUGGAGCAAAUCCUACCUUCCAAACAGGUUACACACCAGGUACACCCUAUAAAGUGUCCUGUUCACCCACCAGUGGUGCGGUGCCACCUUAUUCGUCGUCACCCAACCCGUACCAGACUGCAGUGUAUCCGGUUCGAAGUGCCUAUCCACAGCAGAAUCCAUAUGCACAGCAAGGCACUUACUACACACAGCCUUUAUAUGCAGCACCACCUCACGUAAUUCAUCACACCACAGUUGUGCAGCCAAAUGGCAUGCCCGCAACUAUGUACCCGGCUCCAAUUCCUCCACCAAGAGGAAAUGGGGUCACCAUGGGAAUGGUUGCUGGGACCACCAUGGCAAUGUCAGCAGGUACUUUGUUGACUACUCACUCCCCUACUCCAGUAGCCCCUCAUCCAGUUACCAUGCCCACAUAUCGGGCUCCAGGAACACCAACCUAUAGCUAUGUGCCCCCCCAGUGGUGAUCAUCCUGGCAAUGUUUGAAGAUGGGAGAUAUGCAAUCAAGUAAUUGAGGUUUAACAGUUGGUGCUGAAGCCCCUCAUGCCUCCAACCAGGACUUUCUUUCUUCUGAAUGCUUUCAACACUUUGCUAAACACUACUAAAUUCAGAUCACUGAAGAAAUUCCAGUGCUGCAUAUCUUACAUCUUGGAACUCCAUUAGUUAGUCUUAAAGCAAAUCCUGUUUUGUGGACUGUCUUGCAAUUUUUUAGCUAACUAUAAUGAUAAAAAAGGGAGUAUAAAUUUAUUCUGAUCCAUAUCUAGUUGAAUGCAUGUUUAAAAAAAAAAACCACACAGAAACAAAGCUUGCUCAAUCUACCUGCAGUGACUGAUGCAAAACCAUCAUAUGCAAAAUCCAAAGGAACUGAAAAGUAUUUUACAACUUGUAUCACUAAUGCACUGUUGUAAUGUAUGCAAAGUCUUAAAAGGUAGAAUCGUAAAAGUGAAAUUCUUUAUAGAACAUCAUAAUAUACAUUAGAUAAGUGCUUCAACCUUUUUGGGUUGAUGAAAGUUGCCGGUUUAGAAGGACAUGGGUUUUUAUUUCUAGGAGACGCAUUUCUUUCCAUUCGAAUUCAGUUAAUAUCAGUAGGAGUGACUCGCUGGAAAUCUGGCAGGGUUUAGAAAUCCUGCACGGAAUUAGUUUAACCACAUAUCCCUUUUCAGUUUAUUAUAUGGAGUCAGUGUUACAUGGACAUUCUUAAAGAUCCGAAUGAAGCAUUAGAUUGUGUGUCCAGUAGGACGGGGCAACGUGUGAACAAAGCAGCUUUUUUUGGAGAGGGGGGCUGCCUAAAUCUACAAUGCAAAUCUUUUAUCAGAAAUUCUGAGUGCGUAUUGUUUUCUCUCACCUUUUGAAAAAUCACACCCUGCACAAAAAUCAGUAUCUUCCAUGUGAUGGAGAGAAGCAUGAGGCUGCCACACAUGCUGUGUAGAAUCAAAUUCUGCUUUUUAUUCAGUUUAGGAAGUCAUUCCAUUUUUUUUUUCCUAGAGUGUUCCGGUCAGCUGAAAAUGUAUGUUCAGGUGGCUUAACUCGCUUUUAAAAUGAUAUAGUCACGGCUAGAGUUUUCCACAAAAGGGGGCAAGGGUUCAGCUAUGUUUUGAAGUUUAUAAGUUGAAGAAGAACAUUUAUGGGAAACAAAACAGUUUCCAUCACAUUUUCCUUCCUUGUCCUCACUUUUUGCGAACCUUGGGUUGGGUUAUUCAUACUGUAUAUGGUAGCAGGGCUGUCAUCGAACGGGAAUUCAGAAGACUAGGGAGCCUUUCCUGUGGUUGGCCAACUAACUGACCAUGUUGCGGACUGUUCAUUUGUUAUAGUUUCUUGAUCUAGUCUUUAUUACAAUAUUAUUUUACCUCAGGUGGCAUUUGGAAAGCAUGCACAUUAAGCCCAACUGCAGAUUAGUGUUUGAGCUUCUUCCAUUAUCCUUUCUUACAGCAGUAAUAAUUCAACUCCAGGCAAAUACUGUAAGAAAAUGGACUAGCUUUGGAGUUUAUUUGUGUGACUCAGUUAUAUUAUCGAAAGGAUUUUAAUAGAAAAAUCUGAAUAUUGUACAAAAAUAAUCAAGAUUUGUGUUUUGUUUUUUUGGAACUUGGCUGACUCGUUAUAAAUCUAAGGGAUUUCGGUGUUUUCAGAUGCAUUCUGACUGCCAUGCUUUGUGAGUAAAUGGUUGUAGAAUUGUGUUUCCUCUUAAGCGUUUACACAGAGGAAUAUCAGGCUGUAAAGUUUUAAUGGUAUAAUAUCUGCCCAGAAAUACUUUGGGACUAUCCAAUGCUUUGUUGGGGAGGGGGGCGGGCUGGGGGGAGGGGUGAAACUGCCCCUUUAAUGGACUUGGCAGCUAUUUCAGGGUAGCAUCAGUGCUGAUUUUUAUGCUGCCAUUCCAGUAUUCCGCCCUGAUGGGAGGUAUAUGCACCUGAAUAACCAUUUGAGAUUAGAGCCUUCAGUACUUUAUUUUUACAGUAAGCACUCUUCAUUUUUUUUUUUUUUACUUUCACAUUUUAUUUUAUAAACUUGAGGAAUAUUUUUUUUGCAUGGAUCACUGUAAACAGAAGACCCUUUAUUCAUAAUGCCCCUUAACAUAAUUAUAGUAUUUACUUAUAAGUACUUUAAAAUGUUUCAUGAGCACUUAAUGCAAUUUAGGGCUGGCCAUAUAUGAAUAUGGAGUAGAAAAUUACCCCUCGCAAAUAAUUCGAACCUGUACUACGUGCCCAAGUUUGUUCUGAUAAUUCCAUUUGUACAAUGGGGUUUGCAAUAUUGACUGGUCAGAUGCUCCAGGGCCUGAAGUGAAUGAUCCAGUAGUAGAAGAGACAAUUUUUCCAGUUUAGCGAUAAUCUAGUUUAGAAGAAGAAAUUCAUUGUCUUAGUAUAUGUUCUUAAUGAAGAAAGAAACUAGUUGUGAGGUGUGAAGUCAUUCUAAUUGGAAAGAAACUGUUCAGAAUGAGUCUUAAUCCUUGCUGUAUCCUUUCUUGUUACACAGGAAUGAGCAUGAAGCAUUGAAACCAUAGGAGCGAACUUUCAUACUACAGUGUUAGAUUAAUGUUUUCAAGAGAAAGAUAGCCUCUGUGUAGUGCAUCGCCAUAUCAGAUUCUUAAAUGUAACUCCUUUCAUCCAGUGAUACCGUUUUUUGCAGUUGCGUAUUAGUCCGUUUCUUGAAUGCUUUUGCUAAAUCCACUGUGGGACUCAUCCACAAGAGAGAAAUUUUUAUCCUUUUUUUUUUUUUUUUUUUUUGCAGUUCUUAAGGCACCAUCUAUUGUGUGAACCCUAGAUCACCUCACAUGUCAAGGAAUGUGUGCCUGGUAUUUGGAAGAUUUAGAACAGUAACUAAAGGCGCCGUGGCAAGAGAUGAAUUUAACAUAGUAAUGCCGCGCUAUUGAAAUUUAAAGCAAGAAGAAAUAUAACUGGGGUCAAAAUAGAACACUGGAAAGUGUUAAUUAAGUAGGGCAUACAUUAUAGAAGCAAGGAAGUCCUGAAAUUCCCCCUCCCUUUUACAUUACAUUCCCUAUUUAGAAUUCCUGUAAAAAAACAAGUAUAUAGCUGUACUGGGGUUUCCAGGGAAAUUGAAAACAGGCUCUUACAGUAGUGAUCAGGAUGUAACUGGUUCCUCUAAAUCUUUAGCCAUGUAAUAUGAUACUUUACAAAAUCUUCUCUUUACAUAACUUCUAACCUGAGCCUCGAGAUCUUUUGCUAGAUACGUGAGUUCUAUCAUUUUUGUUUCCAAGUGAAUCAUGUUUAGGAUCUGGAAUCAUUGUUGCUUGCUAAAAAAAAAUAAAAAUUGCUGAGUCUGAUUGUUAACUCUAGUAGCAGCAUGGUUUUCAAGCCAUUCUUUGGGAAAAAUAGCUAAUUAUUGAUAUUAGAAACUGACCAUGUGUCACGGGCAAGUUCAUCACUAACGAAGCAGUUGAAAAAUGUCUUUUUACAAACUUUUCAGAACCAAAAGGCUAGUUAGUGAGGUGAGCCAAAAACCUAAGAAUUAUUAUUCUGUGAACCCUUUUCAUGAGUGUCCUAUGCAAAUUUAGUGUUGAGAUGCAGUGAUGGAGAAGAGAUGAUCAUUUAGGGCUCACUGCUAGCACUCUGCCUUCCAGUCCCCAAUCCUUCCCCUCUUUUUGUGCCAGUCUCCUGCUGCCUCUCCCCCACCCCGUCGAGUACCCUUCACGUGGCACUGUGUUUCUGGCUUUUAUGAGUGAUGUCUCCUAAAGCAAUAUGGCAAGUGACUUUUCUUGUAUUUCACCAGUAGCGAGAGGAAAAUACAUUCAUAACUAAAUGAGACAAAUCGGAUUUAGCGGUUUUACUCUUGCAUAUUAUUUAUUUUAGUGCAAUUAUCUCUAUUGGGUGGCAAUAAAGAUGGCCUAUAAAUCAGUUUUAGGAUCAGCAUAGAAAAUAAAAUCCAAACUUCUAGAUUUGCAUAGGUGUUUUUGUAUCUGCAUAUAUAUAAAUAAAACAAGCAUUGGAAAUCAGUAUUACUUUGGCUUGGACUGCCCUUAGACUCGUUAGCUUGUUGCCGAAAUACUUAGCGCAGUGAUCCUAUGACGAGAGAGCAUACCACCUUAAUUAUCUCUAGGCCUUAGCUCAGCAGUGUAGAAGAUACCCCAGUUUGCGAGAUCCUGUGUUUAUAGAAAGGGAAAGAAAAAAUGAAGCACGCUUAACUCCAGAGGGAGAGAGCAACAAUGUCCUGAUUAUCUGUGGUUUAAUUUGCAGUCUGGUAGAUUAGAAUGUAGGAUGGGGCAAUAACAGGAGCUUUCUCUUUAUUGUUUCCUGAAAAAGGUUUGCAAGAAAAGUUGGGCUGACCUUGUGCUUUUUACAGAACACCAGAAACACUUCAUCCUGUGUGUGUUCUCCAAAUGUUUCUCAAAAAAAUACAUAUAUAUAUAUGUAUGUAUUUCCAACUGGGACAGCGUUUCUAUGCUAUUCAGUCUUCUGAAACACAGUUGGGUCUUUGCAUAUUUUAAAUGAAACAAUGAGGAAAGGAAGGUCAUUUGGAGGAUGUGGAGAAGAGAAAUACGAAGCCAUUGUAGGAUCUCUUUUUAUUCACCAGAGAAAAGAAAAUGGGUGACACAUCCUGCAUCAUUCCCACAAUCCAGUCUUUUUCUGAGAACUCCUCUUCCAAAUUGAGAUUUUCCUGCGAGGCUGUGUACCUUUUUCAUAUAGUUUUGAUCGACUGAUGGAAUGGAGUAGAGGAGAGGAAUUGCAAAAGAAGCCACUGGCAAACUUAGUAAGAUUAUGUAGGGGUCAUGCAGAAAGGGGAACCCGAUUGGCUACUAGAGAAAUGUUUGCUUGCUGUCGUUUGUGACUUUUGUACGCAUCAGCCUACCCCAAGAUGCCGAGUACCCAUUUGUGAUAAUCCGAUAUUCUAAAUCUUCAGCUUAUUGGAGAUGAAUUGAGGAAGUUAAUCUGAUUUGUAAUGUGGUAUGAUUUUGGUUCGAGCAGCAGGCAAACUGGGGAAAGUUCUUUAGCUGGCUCCUGUACAGACUUGUUUUUAAGUAGAAUGAAUUUUAGUGUUCUUUUUAUUGUAGUUCUAUUAUUGGCUGCCCUGAUGUAUAAAACAAGUGAUUGCAUGCAACAGAAGUACAAGAGAAAAGGCCCCAGUAAUAGUUCUCCAUGUUUGUUAUAAGUAGGCACAGGUUUCCUUUUUUAUGACUUUUUUUAAAAAAAACUGUUUUUCAAGCAGUUAUAUUGGUACUUUUUUUUUUAAGUUUAGGUCAAUGUUGUCUUCCAAAACGUUAAAAGCAUCACUCACUUCUGCAUUGAACUAUUGCAUCAACACAAAGGAGUGGAAAAUCCAUCCUGAGCCAGUUCAAUUAUGUGUAAAUUCAUACUUUUUUAUUUUUUAUGCAAUCCGAUGAGUAGAUGAGCUCAGAUUUAAAAUUCUUAAAAGCACGUUUAUUGUAACAAGAAUUGUUAUGUAUUAAUACUUCAGUUUUCAAUAAAGAUUGACUUGUGUUGCUUA